AGUCGAAAAAGAGAGAGAGAGAGAAAAAAUGACAAGAAAGGUGAGUGUUUAGAGAGAGAGAGAGAGAGAGAGAGUGUGUGUGUGUGCGCUAUUUCAAGAGAGAGUGACGGAGGAGACGGUGGUGGUGGGCUGUGGGCACAGUGAGAGUGUCCUUUGGGUUUUCUUGAGUGAAACCGAACCAGACCCACUUCAAAGUUGAGCUCAAAGGGGAGGGGGGUGCGUAGGAUAAGCAGAGACGAGAAAAGCUUCAGCCUUUUAAGCUUUCUCUAUCUCUUCUUUUUCUUUGUAUGCACAUGGUUAAUAUUGGCUGUGCUUAAGCGCCAUCCUCCACUGCGGCACGAACGAUAACCGAGAGCUUUUUCUUUGGACCUUCUUGGUUCUUUGGUGGGUUUUACUGAAGAUGAGUGGUGGUGGUGGUGCGUAUUUUGGCGGAGGCAGAGGAUUGACGGUGGUUUUUUCCUUAUUGGGUCUGUUGUCAUUAACUUGCGCCGCUAGAUUAAGCGUGGAAAGGCAGAAACUUGAGGUGCAAAAACACUUGAAUCGCUUAAACAAGCCAGCUAUUAAGAGCAUUGAGAGCCCAGAUGGGGAUAUUAUAGAUUGUAUUCACAUGGCUCAUCAGCCAGCUUUUGAUCAUCCGUUCCUCAAAGAUCACAAGAUUCAGAUGAGGCCUAGUUACCACCCAGAAGGGCUGUUUGAUGAGAACAAAGUGGCCACAGAAUCAAAAGAGAGAACAAAUCCAAUCACUCAGUUGUGGCACAUUAAUGGUAAAUGCCCUGAAGGUACCAUACCCAUUAGAAGAACAAAGAAGGAUGAUGUUCUGAGAGCAAGUUCAGUGAAAAGGUAUGGCAAGAAGAAGCACAGAAGCAUCCCCAAGCCAAGGUCUGCAGAUCCUGAUCUCACCAAUGAAAGUGGUCACCAACACGCAAUAGCUUAUGUAGAAGGGGACAAGUAUUAUGGAGCAAAAGCAACCAUUAAUGUCUGGGAACCCAAAAUACAACAGCCUAAUGAGUUCAGCUUGUCUCAGCUGUGGAUACUGGGAGGUUCCUUUGGUGAAGAUCUCAACAGUAUUGAAGCUGGCUGGCAGGUUAGUCCUGAUCUAUAUGGUGACAACAACACAAGGCUUUUCACAUACUGGACUAGUGAUGCAUAUCAAGCCACAGGAUGCUACAAUCUCCUUUGUUCAGGCUUUAUUCAGAUCAACAGCGAGAUAGCAAUGGGCGCAAGCAUCUCACCGGUUUCUGCCUACCGGAAUUCCCAAUACGAUAUCAGUAUUCUUAUCUGGAAGGAUCCAAAAGAGGGACACUGGUGGAUGCAAUUUGGUAAUGAUUAUGUGUUGGGUUAUUGGCCUUCUUUCUUAUUCUCAUACUUAACAGACAGUGCUUCCAUGAUUGAGUGGGGAGGUGAGGUGGUGAACUCAGAGCCGGGCAGUCAACACACCUCAACUCAGAUGGGCAGUGGCCAUUUCCCUGAAGAAGGAUUUGGGAAAUCAAGUUACUUCAGGAACAUUCAAGUUGUUGAUGAUUCUAAUAACCUCAGAGCACCAAAAGGAAUUGGCACCUUCACUGAGCAAUCCAAUUGCUAUGAUGUUGAAACUGGUAACAAUGGUGAUUGGGGCCAUUACUUUUACUACGGUGGCCCUGGUAGAAACUCCAAUUGCCCAUGAAGAGGAAAAUCUGUUUCACCUCAUAUAUAUUAAUCCUUCUUCUUCUUCUGUAUCAUUCAACCUGGUAAUGUCUCUCUCUCUCUUGUACAAGCUUUUUACUGUUAGGUUGGGUUAGUGAUGUGACCUAUUAUAGUGGGAAGUUUUGACUUGUUCCUUUUAAAAAAAAAAAGUGUUCUCCAUGCAAGUGGUUGGGAAUGUAGCCAAAGUUUCUUAGAAGCUAAAAGAAACAAGGGCUUGGUUACUGGUCUUUGUAUUCUAUUUGUUUGUUAAGAGUGGUUUGUGAAUGAAUGAAUGAAUGAAUGAAGCCUCCAUGUUCUCCUUCUAA